AUGAAGAUGGCUGGGCUGUUAAGGUUGAUGUUUAUGUUUUCUAUCGCCGGUCUGAUCCCGACCAUCCACACCAUACGAGCCAGCAUGUCUGAGUUAGACGAAUAUUGGUCAAAACGAGCUGAUGAAGCCCGAGAAUUCACUCUUCAAGCUUAUCAUUCUAAUCCCUACGAAGUCGUCGACCACUUUCACGAACGUCAUUACGACAACUCUACUGAUGUAACGGAUACCGAGGAAGAUAGCGACGACGAGAACCCUGAAGAGGUGGACGAUGAUGUCAUCAAAAUGCUCGGAAACGAGACGAGCAGUACGAGACGAAGCUUAAGAGUUAAAGGUAAAGGCAAAGGCAAAGGCAAAGGUAAAGGCAAAGGCAAAGGCAAAGGCAAACGAAAGGGAAAAUGGAGUAAGCUUCAGGGACCGUGUACGGCAAGUAACCCAAUAGAUAAAUGUUGGCGUUGCCGUUCGAAUUGGGCUAAGCGACGUAAGAAUCUUGUCAAAUGUGUCCGCGGGUUCGGACACAGCACAAUAGGUGGAAAGCAUGGACGCAUCUACGUGGUUACAAGCAACCUCGACGACGACAUGGUGAACCCUAGACCAGGGACAUUACGUCACGCCGUGAUUCAGAAGGAACCUCUUUGGAUCAUUUUCAAGAACGACAUGCACAUUCGUUUAAGCCAAGAGCUUAUGAUUUGUAGCUUCAAGACGAUUGAUGCGCGAGGAGCUAAUGUCCAUAUCGCACAUGGCGCAGGGAUCACGAUGCAGUUUGUGAGACAUGUUAUUAUCCAUGGAUUGCAUAUUCACCACAUUUGCCAGAGUAACGGUGGUAUGAUACGAGACUCAGAAGGCCAUUUUGGAAUGAGGACUAGAGCUGAUGGUGAUGGUAUAUCUAUAUAUGGUUCGUCUAGUAUAUGGCUUGACCAUAUUUCCAUGUCAAAAUGUCAAGAUGGACUCAUUGAUGCCAUUGUUGGAUCUACUGCCAUUACAAUCUCCAACUCUCACUUCACUCACCACAACGACGUGAUGUUGCUUGGUGCGCAAAACGACAAUGAAGGGGACAAGAAGAUGCAAGUCACAGUGGCUUAUAACCAUUUUGGUAAAGGACUUGUGCAGAGGAUGCCAAGGAUCAGGUGGGGUUUUGUUCAUGUUGUGAACAAUGACUACACUCAUUGGGAGCUUUACGCUAUUGGAGGUAGUCAAGGUCCGACAAUACUCAGCCAUGGAAACCGAUUCAUAGCCCCUCCACACAAACCUCAUUACCGAGAGGUUACUAAGAGAGAUUAUGCUUCGGAAAAUGAGUGGAAACACUGGAAUUGGAGAUCAGAGAAAGAUAUGUUCAUGAACGGAGCUUAUUUUAGACAAUCUGGGAAUCCUCAUUUUAAAUGUGAUCACACGAGAAAACAAAUGAUUAAACCGAAACAUGGAAUAGCUGUUUCUAUGCUGACCAAAUACGCUGGAGCACUUGAUUGUAGAGUUGGAAAACGUUGUUAG